GGGGGCGGAGAGAAGAAAAGUUCGCAUGCGUCAUGACAACCGUUAAGUUACCUGGUAAUCUUCUAUGACGUGGCUUCAUCCUAGCCCUCUGAUCAUUCCCCAUCCAAGCACAGUCAAAUUUCCCCACUUCCCCAUUCUUCUCCCUUAUUCUCUUCUCUCCCUCUCACUCGCAUCUCAUUCUGAAUCUCGCGCCGUUUCUCUCUCAUCGUGUCGUUUCGCUUCCUCGCUGUGGCGGAUCCGAACGCUUGCAUUUCUAGCUCAACCGAUUCUUCGUCCUACGAAGCGUAGUAGUUCGCGACUUCCACAUUCGUGUUCGAUUCCUGUGUAGUUGUCAUUUGAUUUGAUUUCAUUUGAUUCCAGAGUGUUUCCGCAAGUUUCGAGCAGUGUGCAUGUUCGUUCAUGCAUGAGUGCUUCUGAAAGGUUCCUUGCGAAUUCUAUGGAUACUCCGGUGGCCUCUGCCGUCUUCAAUUUCGUGAACUCGACUCCGGUGGCCUCUGCCGUCUUCAAUUUCGUGAACUCGACGUUGGAUUGGGUGACGUUCGCCUUGGAUGCUCCUUCUGCCCGAGCUGUGGUUUUCGGAGUCCAUAUCGGUGGACAUUUAUUCAUCGAAGUUUUUCUGCUGGUGGUCAUACUUUUCUUGCUUUCGCAGAAAAGUUACAAGCCUCCUAAGAGGCCAUUAACAAACAAGGAAAUUGACGAGUUAUGUGACGAAUGGGUUCCAGAACCCCUUAUUCCUACUCUUAAUAAAGAGGUGCUGUAUGAACCACCAGUGCUGGAGAGUGCUGCUGGCCCGCAUACCAUAAUCAAUGGCAAAGAAGUUGUCAAUUUUGCUUCAGCAAACUAUCUUGGGUUUAUAGGUCAUCCAAAGCUACUUGACUCAUGUUCUUCUGCUUUAGCAAAAUAUGGUGUUGGUUCUUGUGGUCCCCGUGGGUUUUAUGGGACAAUUGAUGUCCACCUUGAUUGUGAAGCAAGAAUAGCAAAAUUUUUAGGAACCCCUGAUUCAAUUCUCUACUCCUACGGACUUUCCACAAUGUUCAGUGCAAUUCCUGCUUUCUCUAAAAAAGGAGAUAUAAUUGUAGCAGAUGAGGGAGUUCACUGGGGAAUACAGAAUGGCCUUCAUCUUUCUCGAAGCACAGUAGUGUAUUUUAAGCACAAUGACAUGGACUCUUUAAGAGAAACGCUAGAAAACAUUACUGUCAAAUAUAAGCGGACGAAGAAUUUGAGGCGAUAUAUUGUUGUUGAAGCUGUCUACCAGAAUUCUGGCCAAAUAGCACCCUUGGACGAGAUCAUUAAAUUGAAGGAAAAAUAUCUAUUUCGUGUUCUGCUGGAUGAAAGCAACUCAUUGGGUGUGCUUGGAAGUUCAGGAAGAGGUCUCACUGAAUACUAUGGAGUUCCGGUUGAGAAGAUAGACAUUGUCACUGCUGCUAUGGGACAUGCAUUGGCCACAGAAGGAGGAUUCUGCACUGGAAGUGCAAGAGUUAUAGAUCACCAACGAUUGAGUAGCUCUGGUUACGUCUUUUCUGCUUCUUUGCCUCCUUAUCUUGCAAGCGCUGCAAUUACAGCUAUUGAUAUCCUGGAGGAAAAUCCCAAUCUAAUAACAAAGCUGAAGAGCAAUAUUUCUUUGUUAAGGAAAGAAUUGUCAAAAGUAUCGGGCAUCACAAUUGCAAGUAAUCCAGAGUCACCUAUUGUUUAUCUGAGAUUAGAGCAAUCAACAGGUUCCGUGAAAGAUGACCUGCGUCUGCUUGAAACUAUCGCAGAACGGGUUUUGAGGGAAGAAUCUGUAUUUGUGGUGGUUUCCAAAAGAUCAACACUGGAUAAGUGUCGUUUGCCUGUAGGGAUUAGAUUGUUUGUCUCUGCAGGGCAUUCGGAGUUUGAUUUGCUCAAGGCAUCCGAAUCAUUAAAGAGAGUUACAGAAUCAGUGCUGGGUGGUUAUAAUUGAACACUCUACAACUUUCUUCUGCAUCUUAUGUACCAAAACAUAAGUUCUAUUUCCCAUGAUUAGAUGAGCAAUUUUGAAAUCCAGGCGAUAGAAGUCGUCCUGUAGUUCGUAAUUUGUGUAGUAUAUUCUGUGAUUUAAUUUAGGGUAACAGUCUUUUGCUCCUGUUCUCAUUGGUUGUCUAAAGUGGUAGAAUAAGGAUUUAAUAUUUCAAUAUUACCCUUGGAAUAUGAAUUUCAUUCCGAUAUCAAAAGUAUCACUAUUACAUUUUUC